AUGUACACUCUUCUUGUGUGUGCAGAUCUCUAUGGGGAUAAAUGCAACUUGGAGCUUGGUUUCCUUUCUAUGCCGACAAUGACGGAGUUGCAAGAGAAGGUGCUUCAGGUGUUUGAGGCUGAAGCUAAUAUACGAAGACCAUCAGGGUACCCAGUGAUGGAUUUUACUAUCGCACGCAUCCAAAUAUAUGAUGAUGCACUUUUGAAGUGGGUGGAUUUAGUUUCACAGACUCAGAUGCAUGAGUACGAUCAGUUAUACGUUUUUCAACCACAAACUACGUGGCAUACAGAUGUGCAAAAGGAUCUUCCUCCGCCUUGCCCUCCAUCAAAGAGUCUUGCCGCAUCUGUGGUACACUCGAUGGUUAAUUCACCAUACAAAAGUGCAGUUAUUACGGGACACACAUCUUAUCGAAACGACACGCCGUGUGCAUCGACAACUGGCAGUAUGGCUCUUUCACCUACAAGGAUGCGAUUAGAGGAGCAACGACGAAGAGAGCGCGCAUUGCAGGAGGAAUUGAACCGUAUUCGUGAUGAGUCAGCCCGACUCGAGCGUGAACUCAUCAUGGAAGAGGAAGAUAACCGGGCACGUGAUCAGGAACAAAAAAAUCGAAUUUUACGCCAAAAAGAAGAGGAAGUUUUUCGUCAGCGAGAGAUUCUCAUGCGCUCUCAAGAAGAAUUCCGCCGACUUCAAUCCGAGACGACGCAGUAUUAA